AUGAUUAUAAAAACGACAUGUCCGAAUUUCCAAGGAAAAUAUUUUGAAAUUCUUGAUUACAAAAAUGAACUGACAGUUUUCAUUUGGGAAAAUGAUGAUUUUAUUUAUUUUCCUUUAUCAUCUUUAACUUCGACAUCAACAACAGCUUCAACUUCAACGUCAGCAGCGACUCCAGCAGAUAAAAAUUCAAAUUCAAAUUACAAAAUAAUAAGGGCGCCAAAUGAAAUUAAAAAAAUAGAAAGUUUUAACGGAAGAAUAUUUAUUAUUUGUAGGCCUCGAGGUAUUUAUAAAUUUGUAAAUAAUAAUAGUAAUAUAUUUGCAUCGUUAAGUACAACAGCACUCGAUAUUACGACAGAAUUUUAUAAAAUAUUAAUUAUUAAAAAUAAUUACUUAUAUUUGCAAGACAAACAACAAAAAUAUUCAACUGAAUUAUUUUAUUUAAAUAAUAAUAAAAAUAAUAUCGAUUCAUUUGAUACAACAAUCGAUAUAUCGAAUUCUACUAUCGAUACAUCAAAAUUAUCAACAAUCAAUACAUCGAAACCAUCAAUAUUCGAUACAUCGAAAUCGAAGAUCGAUUUGUCGCAAUCCCAGAAAAAAAAUUUUUCAAAAAUUCAAAAUUCAAAUUUACCAAAAAUCGAUAUAUCGAAAUCGCAAAAUAUCGAUUUAUCGAAAUCACAAGGAAACGAUCCAUCGAGUUCACAAUUAAUCGAUCAAUCGACUCAACAAAUAAUUAAUAUAUCGAAUUUAUCAACAAUCGAUAUAAAUUGUAUAAAAAUCGAUUCAAAUGAAAUAACAAAUAAUUUAAAAAAUAUUUUUGAUGAUAAUGAAAUUUGUUUAAUUACUUUUAAUAAUUUAUUAUUUAAAUUAAUAAAUAAUAAAACGCAAUUAAUUUUUACAUCUAAUUACUCAUUAACUGAUUUUAUUUUAAUUAAAAAUAAUAAUAAUAAAAUAAAUAAUUUAUUAUUAAAAACAACAAAUAAAAAAUUGCUGAUUUUAAUUACCGGUAAUUAUAUUUUUAAAAAAAUUUUUUUUAAUUACGAUGUUAAUAAUUGCGCGGGUUUUAUCGACGGUAAUGAGGAUUUUAUAAAUUUGGUUAUUGGUAGUGACAAAAUAUAUUUUGUUACUUUAAAAAUAAGUACCGGUGUAAUUAAUUACGUGAGUUGCAUUAAUGAUCAAUUAAACGACGUUAAAAUAUAUGACAAUAAAAUUUAUGGUCUCAAAAGCGCAGGUGAAUUGGCGGUAAUUGAAACAGAAUUUAAAUUUAAAUUUGAAAAAAUGGCGGGAAAUUCAGAAGAUGAAUUUUUUGAAUUAAGAGCGAGUAUGUGCAGUGGAACGACAGUUAUUGUUGAUAAUAUUUGUGAUUUAUCGAAGCAAUUGAAGGAACAUAAUGAUAAGUUAUUAAUAGAACAGGAUAAAUUGAAGAGAAUAAAUAUUUAUGCGCACAAAAGUAAAUUGGUGGGAGUGAAAAAAAUUUGGGUUGAAAGAACAAGUUGUUGUAUUUUUUUGAAAGCUUGUUUUGAGUGCGCGUUACCUAGAGAUUGUUGGAUUCAUGUCGCUGUUGAUUGUAAGGGCCAGGAAUUUUUUAGUAUGCAAAUCAUUGAGGAUGGAGAAGUUGGAGCUGAAAUUCCGCUGCCAGUUGAUUAUUUCGAUGCGACUGCGGACAUUACUGUGGAUUUGGUUACACUCGUUGAAGAAAAUGAUCCCUGGUUUAUAGUCAAGAAUUGUGUGAAGAAAACAAGUGCGAAAGAAAAAGAAAAUAUCAAGGGAUUAAUGGAGAAAAAAAAAAAUUUUUUAAACACCAAAUUGGGAACCUUAAGAAGUUUUCGAGAUGAAGAUAAAAAUUUUAAUAAAAUCUGCGGUGUUAAGAAGAGUUUGAGACGUGAAAUUAAAGAUUUUUGAUUUCGGAGCUGGAGAAAAGGUGAUUUAUUUUUUUGUGUUGAGGUUUUGGGUUUGAAAGAAGCUGAUAUUUUUUACGGUUGUGCGAUGACGAGUUGAUUGAGUACUCACAUGGAUAUAUUUCGAGUCGAUAAAAUUUUUGAAUAAAUUUUUGAUUUUGAAACAUAGUGAUGUGGGUACUCUUUCUACAGGAAAUUGUCCCAGUUAUUCGAAUGUAGCAUCAAAAUUAAAAAAAAAUUGACUAAUAAAAAGAAAUAUAUGAAAAUCAAAAAUUUAGAUAUAAUACUAUAAUUAUUUUUUUGCAGUUAAUUAUAAUUAAGAGUAAAAAUAUUUAGAUUGUAAAAUUUUUAUAAAAAAUAAAUAAAUAUAUAUAAAGUUUCCAAUUUUUUUUUAUAUAAAAUUAAACAGCAGACUCGAGUUUCUGAUACGAUUCUGUGUUGAUUGAAUACCCACAUCGAUAUAUUAGAAUAAAUAUGAAUUUUCAAAAAAACAAAAUCAAAAAUUGUUAUUAUAAAUUUUGGAUUCUAAAAAGUAGUGAUGUGGGUAUUCAUUCUACAGGGACAUGAAUCAGCUGUAAUAUUUAUAUACUCAUAAUUUUAAAAAUGGAUUCCAAAAAAU